UGCGCCGCCCGGGCCAGGCGGCCGGGGAACAGCGCGCGCGCCUCCCGGUCCUGCAGGCCCUUCUGUCCCCAGGGAGACGGGCGCCGGGAGGCCGAGCGGGCGGGGGGUCCGCCGUGGGAGGGCGAGGCGCCUCUCAGGUCCUCGGACAGGCCUGGCGGCCCCCUCGGGCCUGGAGCUCCCCCCGAGCACCCCACUCACGGGGCACGGACACCGGCUCCCAUCCCUCCGCCUGGCGCAGCAGAGCCUCCUCAGGAAUUCUGUCCACCUGUCUCAGAGAGGAGCGGUCCCCAGCAGCCAGGCCGGCCCUCCCCUGUUCCCUGCCCCAGGAUGGGCGAAUUCGGCGAGAAGGGCGCGCCAUGCGGCACCAUCUGCCUCAAGUACCUGCUUUUCACCUUCAACUGCUGCUUCUGGCUGGCUGGCCUGGCCGUCAUGGCAGUGGGCAUCUGGACGCUGGCCCUCAAGAGCGACUACAUCAGCCUCCUGGCCUCGGGCACCUACCUGGCCACAGCCUACAUCCUAGUGGUGGCGGGCAUUGUUGUCAUGGUGACCGGUGUUCUGGGCUGCUGUGCCACCUUCAAGGAGCGGAGGAACCUGCUGCGGCUGUACUUCAUCCUGCUGCUGCUCAUCUUUCUGCUGGAGAUCAUCGCCGGAGUCCUGGCCUACGUCUACUACCAGCAGCUGAGUGCAGAGCUCAAGGCGAACCUGAAGGACACUCUGAGCAAGCGCUACCGCCAGCCGGGCCACGAGGGUGUGACCAGCGCCACGGAUAAGCUGCAGCAGGAGGUCGGUGGGUGGCGCCGGGCGGCGUCUCCCCUGACGUCUGUCGGAGCCCUGGCUGCUGCGGGGGUUGUGGGGAGGGGACGGGGCUCAGCCCGGGCCAUGUUCCCGUGCAGUUCCACUGCUGUGGCAGCAACAACUCCCAGGACUGGCGGGACAGUGAGUGGAUCCUCUCGGGUGAGGCAGGCGACCGUGUGGUUCCUGACAGCUGCUGCAAGACGGUGGUGGCGGGCUGCGGGCGGCGGGACCACGCCUCCAACAUCUACAAAGUGGAGGGCGGCUGCAUCACCAGGCUGGAGACCUUCAUCCGGGAGCACCUGAGGAUCAUCGGGGCUGUGGGCAUCGGCAUCGCCUGUGUGCAGGUGUUCGGCAUGAUCUUCACGUGCUGCCUGUACAAGAGCCUGAAGCUGGAGCACUACUGACCUGCCCACGGACCUGGGCCCACGCCUGCACCGCAGCUUCUCAGGAUGCGCUGACUACUGACGGCUAGGGGCUGCGGUCCCAGGACGCGGCUCCUCCCCUCCCACACUGCCAGGGAGGUGGUGUCCUCAUGCCAGGGCCCACGACCGUGCCAUCACCGCGACUCCUGGGGACCGCCAACCCCAGAGGGAGCUUCAAGUGCCUUUAGCUGCCACCAAAGUCCCACGGCCCAGCCCGGUCCCUCCUGCCUCUGGGGUGGCUGGGGCUUGAGCUCAAACCGUAAAGGCCCCAUGCCCGCUGCCCUCUCCUUUGGGGUAUUGUUCCCUGAUAACCUGGCUCCGUCGCGGGGCUGGUCUGUGCCAAGUUAGGCGGAAGCUGGCCAGCCCGGGGCCAGUGCCAGGCGGCAGGCAGCAGGUGAGGAAGCCGGGUGCCUGCCUGCUCCAGGAAGAGCAAGAGCCCUCCCGGCCUGGCCUCUGCGCCCACUUACCUGCUGCUCCCACCACCAUCUAAAGGCCCAGAUGGACGGCCACAUGCUGACGCCCCCUCCGGGGCAGGGCAGCCCUCUGGGCCUCCUUCACUGCUGUAUCCCCAUGCCUAGGACUGCUCCUGCUUUGUGAUAGGUGCUCAAUAAACGCCUGUGGACCAGA